AUGGGUAAAGAAUCUGGCAAAACUGGUUUUAGUGAAAGUAAUUUGCAUGUGUAUGGCGAGGAUGUUCAUAGGAACAAGUGUGUAAUUGAGGAUAUUCCUUAUUUUAAUUUAGGAAUUGAGGAUAAAGUUAAUACAGGUGUCGAUAGUGAUGUUAUUAAGAAUUUUGCAUUUGUUGGAAUAUGUUCUUCUUCAGUCAAAGGAAAUGUAAUAAAUUCUCAUGAUAUAAGUGAAAACGUUAAAAAACUUGAGAAUGAUAUGAUUUCAUCGAGACCAAAGAGAAGUCAAACGGUACCUCCAGUCCUCAUGUCUCCAUUUGUUGUACGGGCUGUUGAAAUUGAUAGUAAUUUGACGAAGGAGAAGAAUAUCAAUUCGAAUUAG